AUGAGUGAACCAUUUUUUGAAACUAAAAUGGAUGAAAAUGUUACACUUAAUGAGGAUUCACUAAAUAUUCCUCAAUUUGAAGAUUUAACUAUUACUGGUGACGAAAUUGGUAACAACAAUAAAGAGGGAAGACCGCAAAUUCCAAUUUUGUCAGAAACAAUCUCACCAUUUGAUGUCACUUCUCAAGUUACCGGUCAAUCAGAAAUUUCAAUGUCUUUUGAUAGCGAGAACAAAGACAAUGAUCAUGUAAACAAAAGAAAACCAAUUUCAAUAUUAAUGAAAAAUAAUCCAGGUAGCAGAAUGGCUAAUAAUGAACGAGGAAAUACCAACAAACGUCUUUUUUCUGAAAAAUUUAAUAACGAUGGAAGAAAAUCUCAACAUCAAAAAAAACCCAAAAAAGAUGAUUCAAAAAUUCUUCAAAUUCUCAGUACUCCACAGAUAUUUCCAGCUAAUCUAUCAACUAUGGAAUUUACCAUUGAUUUCAAUAAUAUUGUUUAUAUUGGAAGUAGAAAAUCCAUAUACUCUCCAAUGCAUGAUGGAGCACCUUUUAAUUAUUUUGGUAAAAAAUCCUCCUCUGUGGAUGAUGUUUAUCAGGAACAUAAAUUAAGAAAGCUUUGUGGAAAUGAAUUUGCCAUGAAAUAUUAUGACUAUAAAACACUUGAUGCAAAAAGAAAUUUUAUUCGUAACUCAUUAAAAUUUUCUAAAGUUACAAAAAAUCAAGUUAUUGACUGGAAAAAUGAAGAAGGAUUUGAUGUUAUUUUUAAUGCAACAUUUGAAAAAUUUUUCCAAAAUGAAGAAUUACUUAAUAAGAUGAAGGAUGACAAAGAUAAAUUGAUUGUCAAUAUAUAUGGUGAUGAUCCUAUUGAUGGAUGUGGUGAUUUUAAUUUAUUUACUACUUGGAUUGAAAAUAAUAAAGGGAAAAAAUGUGUUUUACCUGCUCAAAUCAAUCCAACCAACCUUGAUUAUUUUCCAACUUUUGGGGGUGGGAAAAACAUUCAAGGUGUUAUGGUAAUGUUGGUCAGAUAUCAAAUUUCAAUCGAAAAAGAUUGGUAA